GGGGAGGCCGGGCCCGGCCUUAGACGUGCGAGAUCGACCGGCCGGCUCCUGGGCUCCGAAGCCGGAGAGCGAGCGCGCCAAGAGCAGACAACUAUGGCUGCAGGAGUCUUGCCGCAGAAUGAAAAGCCAUAUUCCACUUUGGUGAAUAACAGUGGGUAUGCCGCUACAAACAUGGAUGAAAAUUCAGAACGCCCAACACCAAAGUACACAAAGGUGGGAGAACGUUUACGGCAUGUCAUCCCUGGACACAUGGCAUGUUCCAUGGCAUGUGGUGGGAGAGCAUGUAAGUAUGAGAACCCAGCACGCUGGAGUGAGCAGGAGCAAGCCAUAAAGGGAGUGUACUCCUCCUGGGUCACUGACAGUAUCCUGGCCAUGGCUCGCCCGUCCUCUGAGCUGCUGGAGAAGUAUCACAUCAUCGAGCAGUUCCUCGGUCAUGGCAUAAAAACAAUCAUCAACCUGCAGCGCCCUGGUGAGCAUGCCAGCUGUGGGAAUUCGCUGGAACAAGAAAGUGGUUUCACGUACCUUCCUGAAGCCUUCAUGGAGGCUGGCAUUUAUUUCUACAACUUUGGAUGGAAGGAUUAUGGCGUAGCAUCCCUCACUGCCAUCUUAGACAUGGUAAAGGUGAUGACAUUUGCCUUACAGGAAGGAAAAGUAGCUGUCCACUGCCACGCAGGACUUGGACGAACAGGUGUUCUAAUAGCAUGUUACUUAGUUUUUGCAACAAGAAUGACUGCUGACCAAGCAAUUAUAUUUGUGCGAGCAAAACGCCCCAAUUCCAUACAAACCAGAGGGCAGCUGCUUUGUGUACGGGAAUUCACUCAGUUUCUGGCUCCACUCCGUAAUAUUUUCUCUUGCUGUGAUCCCAAAGCACAUGCUGUUACCCUAGCCCAGUACCUGAUUCGCCAGCGUCAUCUGCUUCAUGGUUAUGAGGCACGACUUCUAAAAUAUGUGCCAAAGAUCAUCCACCUAGUUUGCAAGCUACUGCUUGACUUGGCUGAGAACAGGCCAGUCGUCAUGAAGAGCGUGAUAGAAGGACCAGGACUCUCUGCCAAAAUUGAAAAGACUGUGUCAGAGAUGGUUACGAUGCAGCUGGAUCAAGAGUUACUGAGGCAGAGCAGUGACACCCCUGACCUGUCUCACCCCACGGCAGUGGCGGCCGAGUUCGAGAAUCAGGAUGUGAUCCUUUCUAAUGAGCAUGACCUUGACCCCCUCUGGAAGAGGAGGAAUGCUGAGAGUCUUCAGCCCCUGACACAUCUGAAAAGGCAGCUCAGCUACAGUGAUUCAGACUUAAAGAGAGCCAAAGCUAUCCUGGAGCAAGGGGAGACACCUUGGACAGUACCUGCCCAGGACUUGCUAGACCACAGCCUCCAGCAUCAGAAGCAUAUCAGCCAUUGUUACAUGUCACCAACUCCAGAGCUAAGUUUAAAUAAGGAAGCAUUGGUUCACAGUACAUUUUCUUUCUGGACUCAUUCAAAGUAUGGAGGCUUAGAAGGACUCAAGGAUGAGGGAUCACCACUUUUUUGUAGGAAGGACAUUCCAAAGGAAGUACAGCGGAGCAGAACCUUCUCUGUGGGUGUUUCCUGUUCACACAAUCCUGGAGAACCAGUGCCACCCAACUUUGCAAGUAUCCAUAGGGAUCCAGAGCAAGUCACUCACUGUCGGGGUGAAGCUCCUGGUGGCUGGGUUCCAGGCUCUGUUCAGGGGGAGGCGAGGACUCCCUGCAGCCCUCUGAACUGUGGCUCCUCCAGUCCUAAGGCACAGUUCCCACAUGGACAGAAAACCCAAGACAGCACAUACCUGUCGGAAGCAAUGCCACCUGCUGGUUUGCAGUCUGAACUGAGUGCUGAAGCAAGGAGAAUAUUGGCAGCCAAAGCCCUUGCAAAUUUAAAUGAGUUUGUGGAAAAGGAGGAAGUGAAAAGGAAAGUGGAAAUGUGGCAGAAAGAAUUGAAUUCCCGGGAGGGAGCCUGGGAAAGAAUAUGUGGUGAGAGAGACCCUUUCAUCUUGUGCAGUUUGAUGUGGUCUUGGGUGGAGCAACUGAAAGAGCCUGUAAUCACCAAAGAGGAUGUGGACAUGUUGGUUGACAGACAAGCAGAUGCUGGUGAUGCCCUGUUUUUACUAGAGAAGGGUCAGUACCAGACCAUCCUCUGUGUGUUGCAUUGUAUAGUGAGCCUGCAGACACUUCCUGUGGAGGUGGAGGAAGCGUGCCUUUCACAUGCCAUCAAAGCUUUCACCAAGGUUAAUUUUGACUCUGAAAAUGGACCAAUAGUUUACAACACCCUGAAGAAGAUAUUUAAGCACACAUUGGAAGAGAAAAGAAAAAUGGCAAAAGACAGCCCUAGGCCUGGCCUCGCCUGAAGCUUCCUUCUGUGGACAAGUAUCCCACCUAAGGGUGGUGCUUCUGCUCCCAUGUGGACGUGGCAUGCUGGCACUGCCCUUCUUUGCCACACUCCGUUGUCAACGCUGUGUCUCUUGUGCUGAGAAUAGUGGUUCCUUUUUAGAGUAGUUAUUUAUUUUAAAAUAUCCUUGAGCUGUGUCUUGAAAACUUGCCAUAAAGUUGGUGCCACUUUAUUUAUUUACUGAAUUAAUAUAGUUGUAUUGACAUUUUAUGUAUGUUAUAUUUGUGUCCUUACCCUUUUUUGACAUUUUGAAGGAAAAAAAAUAACUCUUCCUUCCAAAACAGUUAUUUUCUUAACAGAACUCUUCCUGGAGUUUCUACCAAAUAGAUCAUUUUAGCAGUAAAACCUUACUGUAUAUCCCCCCCCCCACAAGGCAUAUAUGUAUCCCCUACUUCAGAACUAUGACCUAAGAAAGUCACCAAGUGUCUUACAAUGUUUUAUAUUUGUUACUAAGAAGGCUAUUAAUACAUUUUAAAGAACUUUAAAAAACUUUGAAGUUUUUUGUUUUCUCUUUUUACAGAUGUGGCAAAGCCUUUCAAAGUCUUUUAUUUUUCAAUGAUCCAACGACUCAGUUUUCUUUAAUAGACUGACUGGAGAGGUUGGUACUUUGUACUUGUGGAAAGUAGCCCUGCUCUUUGUCAGGCGUCCAGACACCCUCUCCCUUGCUGUCUGAGGAGGGAGCAGCUCUCAACCCAGAAGCCUUAUUUCACUUCCCAGCCUGCUGCUCAGCCAGUUUGCUUCUUCUCAGAGAAGUGGGAUCAGAAGCGGCCAGUGGGGGCAGUUGCUAAGGAGCAGAACUGGCCUUUGUCCUCCCAGGGACUGUGCAGAAGGGACUGCAGUUCUGGGAGAAGGCUUCUCGCCAACCCUGCUCUCUUGUGGCACUGGGACCAUUCUGCACAGGGAGCUCAGACCUGGAGCAAGUCAAGCAAGCCACUGUCUGCCCCAGGAGUGCUGGCAUUGCUGCCUGUCUCCCCCCACCCCCCAUCCAGUUCACUGUCUGCCCCAGGAGUAGUGGCAUUGCUGCCUACGCACCCCCCACCCCUGCCCUUUUACAAGCCCAUUUGCCUUGGCCUCUGAUACUAGCUGCAGUUUUGCUGUGAGGAUUAUAAUUUUUAAAUUGAAUUUGACCCCAGGUUGCAUUCACCUUAACUGGCUUCAAAUGAGAACAGAUGACUGUUUAAACUUGUUCCUUUAAACUAUUAAUCAGCAAUUGAAGCCUAACUUAUUUAAAUUAAAUUAAUAUACGGGAGCAGCAAAACCCAUGCCAUAAAGAGAAUCAGACCAAUUCAAACUAAAGAAGUAACUCUUUGCAUCUCAGAAUUUUAGGAAAGACACAAGACUGAGUUAGAACAACUGAAAUUUCCCUAAUUUGUGCCUUGCAGAAUUGCACUCUAGUAUAUCAGAAACUGUUUUAAUCAUUAUUCUUACAACUCUGAUGGCAAAGGCUAAGUGCAGGCCUCUUCAUCCUGAAGUAUCUUCUGGGGAAAUGAAAUAUAAUAGUUGUUAAUGAACUGGCUUACCCAGUGUAGAGAUACCUUUUCAAGUGCCUAGUUAGCAGCAGGAAAUACCUUCAUUCUGUCUCCUUGGUACAUUCUGAAAUCUGGUGUUCAAAAAGAGUGUUUGCCUUCAUCUCUGUCGGCCUCGAAUGGGCAAGCGACACCAUGGAACUUCACCACCACCCGUGUGUCUGGAGUGCUUGUUCUAGAACAGUCAUGUAACCACGCCACUGCAUGUCAGAGAAUCCAGACAGUCAUGUGACCACGCCACUGCAUGUCAGAGAAUCCAAAUACACCAGCCUGAGAAGACACAGUCAGGCUCUGUGCGGGUGUUGUGUUUAUCUGAUUAAAGUGAAAAGAACAACCA